CAAAACCAUCACCGCAAAAGCCCCAUUUCAGUGGAGUCGUAUCUAACCCGGGUCAUAUCGAUUUCCCUUUGUGGAAGAAAUUCCUAGACAUCGGCCAUACGAUGGCUAGAACAUUAGCGCUUCCGUUGCUGGUAGCGGUAGCGUCGGUGGUGAUUUUAGGCACCGGCGUACCGUACGCCAGUGGCGCAUCAUCGAUCACGGUCGAGAAGUCCGCGUACAAAAACGUCGUCAUCGAGAUCCGGGAUAACGUCCCGGUGGACAACUGCCAAACGAUACUGCAGAAUCUAGAGAUUAUGCUAACGUCCGCCUCGCAGUAUCUCUUCAAUGCACUCGACAGCCGCGUUUACUUCGGUGAAGUGUCGGUGAUCCUGCCGAACCAUUGGCCCCAGUCGUGCAUACCCUACAACCAAACACGCACAUCGGCGAGCGGUGAAACGGCGGACGUAACUAUCCGGCCCCACACCAAGGCCGAACCAUCGAUCUGGACGCAACAGUACGCCGGAUGCGGUGAGUCGGGCGAACAGAUCUACGUCGAUCCGGAGAUACUGGGCCGUGAGACUAUCUGGCGGGAGUUUAUCCGCGAGUGGGCCAAGUACCGGUACGGUGUGUUCGAUGAAAUUGGGUACGAUCGCGACCCGGUCUAUCCGCGCUGCUACAUCAACGACGAGCACAAGGUCAAGCUGACGGGGUGCUCGGACGCCCCUGUCAACGAUGAGGGUCUGUGCGGCAGUCCGUCCUCUCCCGUUCCGGUCCCGUACAACAUUAGCCGUGUGUUGGAUCCGAACGCUCGCACCAGCAUUAUGUUUGCGGCAGAAUCGAAGAGUGUCACCAUGUUCUGCGACGAAGGCACACACAAUCGAUACGCACCGACGAAGCACAAUCAGAUGUGCGAUCGCCGUAGUACGUACGACGUGAUACUGAAGCACUCGGACUUUGCGCCGCAAAAUCAGAUGGAGUUUAACCCUUCGGUGAUCAUUAACACCGUGCCCAAGUUUAGCUACAAGUCGCGCAAACUUACGCGCUACGUCAUCGUGAUCGGACAGACAUUCGUUAUGCGGGAACGGGAAACUUGGAGCUUCCUGCGACGUGCCAUACGAAAGUGGAUUGUGUAUGAUCUUCCGGCAACCAAGACGGAGAUCGGUAUUGCACUGGCUAACGAUACGGCAACGUACGAUAUGCUCCCGAUCACGUCGCUGCAGAUCGAGAAGAACAAGGACCGCAUCGCAUCAUUCAUCCCGUACACAUCGAGCGAUCUGAACAGACCGACCUGUCUGAGCUGCGGCAUUUCCGACGCCAUCCACAUGCUGAACGAGCAGACGCGCCAUCAUGGUCCGGCAAAUUCGAUCAUUUUGGUAAUUGCUCCCGGCAUGGACAUCGAGCACGAAUCGUUAGCACGUUCGGCUCGUGCCUCCAAAAUUCGUAUCGCUACAAUCAACUACCCGAUAGUGGAACCACGGCGACCAUUGGACCCGCUGGCACACGAAACUGGCGGUAGCGCGUACUCCGUGUUCGAGUGUCGUGACAAUUCAGAAAAAUCGCUCGUCACCACGUACUUUGAGCUAUCGAACGCACUGUACAAUAUUGGAAAGCUAUACCACGAGGGCAAUCGUAACGAAUUCCCGGUAGAAAUCUUCCGUCGUGUGCUGAUCGAUUCGGUGGGCGAAACAAAUUCGCAGCGCAGUAGCCGCACUGUGACCGGAAACUUCAUGCUCGAUCCUUUCAUGGGCCCACCGGCCGAGUUCUUCAUUUAUGUACACAACUCGGAAAAUCCGCUCGUCUCGAACGUGCGUUUGACGAACCCCAACGGUAUCGUGUACUCAUCGAUGAGUGACGCGCGCGCCUCGGUGCGACAACUGUCUCUCUUGUCCACGAUCAACGAAACUGGCAUUUGGAACUAUUCGAUCGAACGGUUCCAGGGCAAUCCGCAGCCACAUUACGUGCAGGUGAUCGCCACACCUCGCUCCAAGUACGCACCAGUUAUAACGGCACGGUCCUGGGUUCAUCGCAGUAAGGCCGGUGGUCCGAUCGUGCUGUUCGCUGAAGUUAAGAAGGGAGAUCUGCCGGUAGUGUCAGCACAGGUUGAAGUUACCGUUACCAAGCUGGAACGCAUCUGUGAACGCUUCCGUGAAACAACGGUACAGAGUGAUGAGCGGUUCGUACUGCUGGACACUGGAGCUGGUGAUCCGGACAUUACCAAGGGUGACGGAGUUUACUCGCGCUACUUCAAUGCGGAUGAAUUCGGUGGUCCGGGCACAUACCAGCUAGAGGUCACGGUCAGCGAUCGCGGCAACACGGCCUAUACGUUAGCGGAUGGUGCUAGUUACACCGCUACGUCCAGCUCGCAACCGGGACGUUGCUGCGGUAGUUCGGUGCCAAUUCCCCAGAAACAAUCGCUGGACUCGUUCGAACGUAUUCUUCCGCCAAUGACGGUGUUCGUUAGCCAGGCGGAUCUGAUCAACGCCGCUAAGGUGCCGGUCGGUCGCAUCAGUGAUCUUAGUGCUGACGUGGAAGGUAUGAAGGUACGUCUCAGCUGGACCUCACCGGACAUGGGUGGCAAGAAUGUGGCCCGGUACGAGGUGAAGUAUGCCACCACGAUCAAGGACAUUGUGGACAACUUUGAUACGGCUGCCGUACUAUGGCAUCACGACACACCGUUUACGUUUUCCAUCGGUGAAGGUAGCGAGUUCACGAUGAAUAUUACGCACGAACCGCAUCUGUUCGGGCAGAUCCUCUACUUUGCCGUGCGUCCGUAUGCAACCCUCACCAAGGACGCAGAACCCGGACCGAUCUCGAACUAUGUGCGAGCGUUUGUGACGAAGCCGAAGCCCACGACACUAUUCCCACCAUCCAGUACGGGCGGUACGGAAAGCUACGACUCCAUCUGGUCGUCUUACGAUGGCAUUGCUAAGAAUGGAGAUGACAGAAUGGACAUUAUUCCACGCAUUGCCAAAAGCAUGGACCUUGGUCCAGAGCUGCUACUGCCCAUCAUUGCCGGUAUCAUACUGCUGUUCGCGCUCAUCUUCAUCUACUGCUGGUUCUGUGUGAUCAAGAAGCGACACGACACGCACGAUGACGAGCAGAAGAAGCCGAUCAAAUCGUUCAAAAGUGACACGAAACUAACCACAAGCCAUAGCGUGAUCGUCACGGCAGCUGGGAAUGGUUCGUCGCCUUCCUCCAACUCAACGACAUCGUCAUCAUCUUCGCCGAACCAUCAAGGUGCGAAUCAUGGUGGACAAACAACGCUUCCACAGUCUAAUUCUUACGAUAUGGGGUUGGGUGAUCAUCAAACCGUCGGUAUCCCGACCAUCUACAACAUCGACGACGAUGUACUGUUGGCCAAGAAGCGUUACAGUGCCGUCAUUAAUAUGGGGCCACCGACACACCCGAUGGAGCAGCAGCUGAUCGAGGAGCUAAAGCAGCAGCAGCACAUCAUCGACACGCAGUCCUUUAUCAUGCCCAACCACGGAGGUCCCACGGCCAAUGGUACGAUCGGGCCUAACAACAACAAUAAUAAUUGCAGCGUGAGCAUCAUUUCGACAACCUCCAACAAUACCACGCUGACGCGCACGUACAAUCCGAAUGCGGGGACGAUCAUGGUCGGAGGCCGUACCCUCAGUCCUUACGAAUCCUGGUCGGCUUCGCAACUACUGCAGGAGCACGAACAGCAACACCAGCGACGCCAUAGCCCAACACUUAUUGACGAUCUUAUCGACAAUAACGUUCAGCAGACGUUCUACAAUCCGGGCCAACAGGUACAGCAGCUACAUCCACAGCACGCCCACAUGCUAGGUCAGCCGGGUACGGACCAAAUGUCGUUGCUGAACAACAACCAUUUGAAUGAGAAUGGUUCGCCACCGGUUCCACCUCUGCCGAUCUACACCACCAGCCCGAGCGUUGGUGCUACGGCACCGGGUGUCGGUAAUACGACCUCGUACGUUUACGGCCAGAGCCAUGGUUCCUCGGUGAGUUCGGUAAACAGUGGACUGGGCCCAAUACCAAAUGGUGGUUCCACGAUAAGCGGUACAGACACGAAGAAACGACGCAAUGUCACCAUGGUCUAAGGUCAUGGACGCGAAAGACACGGCUGCCGCAGCAAACAGAGACUCUAUUUUUCCAAAGAAUACUAAUAUCCCAAUGUGUCCUGCUGCGUGUCUCCCUUGAACAAACCCACCAAUAGUUUGUGGCUGCGUCCCUAGCUGUGGCGGCGGCCCCGUUCUAGAUCCGAACACCCGAAACCGAUGAUGAGCCCCGGAUGCGAUUCGUAGUACAGUGCGAACUAGUCAACCAGAUCAAGGAGGAUUUCGUUUUUUUGAUUUUACACACUUCGUUUCAGUUUUAGCACUUUAGGUUUGUACACAAGUUAGAUAUUCAGCCAGUGCCGAAGCCGACACUGGUUGGUUUUUGGGAUAAGUUUUAGCAUGGAUAGGGUAUAGGCUUCGAUGGUUGAUGUUAGUAUAUUGGAGAAAGAUUUACCACAACUUUCGACACUGAUUGAAACGAUCGAUGAUACUGGAAAUAGUUUGGUGGUGUGCAACUCUAUAAUCUCGAAUCUUGUGAGACAAAUUGUAGAUAAUUCAAUACAGUGGCAUUAGCGAAACUUUACUAGCCAUAGCGCGCAUAAGUACAUCAAAGAUCAAAACCGAACAAAACGAUCGCCAGUGGUAGUAGGCCAACCAAAAGAAGCAAAUACUGCGAUCGACGACUAUUAUAUAGACUUCAAACAAAGGGCCAGAAACGACAUUUACGGCGAGCGGUAGUAGGAGCCAUUGUGAGGCCAUCGCUUCUUCGUGUAGGAAGUACACUAGGAGCUUUCCUCCGGUGUACGCGUCCUUAGUGACCGUGUAAACUACAGUGUGGCAUUAAUGAGAACAGAAAUCUUAAGUCUGAUGUGAUGUGUUGUACUGUGGGUGAUAUAGCCAGCAGUAUUCAAAAUGGCCAGUACGUUGUGCGCUUAUACAGCGUGGAAUGCAUGUGAAUGUAUGCUUUCGAUGCGAUGUGGUACUUUCAAUUGUUUGCAUCUAAGAUACGGAAUAAGAGAUAGAUUUAUAAAGUAGCAAUGAAGAGGGGAUGGCUGGGUGGUAAUACCGGCUGCCAGAUUCAACCUAGCGAGGCAUUGUACAUAGACGAAUGAAAGGGAUAAAACGUUCAGGAAUAACGUUGUCAUAUGCUGUGUAAAUGGAUCGACUUUUGGGGACUAAGGAAAGCAACCGCUAGUAAAGGCGAAGGAGCGAUUGAUAGAGCUCGUGAAGGGAUAAACUUAACCUAAUCGCUAAGAAAGUAAAGGGCAAGAAAAAAACUAACCAUAAGUACACGAAACUGUUCUCGGUGUGUAUGUGUGUGCGUGUUGUUUGUUUCUGAUAGGUAUCAAUGAUAACAAGCAAAAAACAAAACCGAAAAGUAAAGCUUUUGAGCAGCGGGUCGCGCUGAAAUUCGUCGACCAGCUGCCCUUAAAUAACUCCUUAACAACAGAACAAAACUAAUGAAAAACAACCAAUGUUAAACUAUAACAAAAAAGAAUCUCUAGCAACAGAAUCUAUCGACGUAUAAUAAAUGUUUAACUUUCAGUUACAAAUCCAACAAAAAAAAACUCACAUAAAACACGGUGCACUUGGCACAGAUUUGUUCACCACACAACUAAUUCACAGAGCUAACGUACAUAUUAGGGGACGAAGGGCAAUCUUUGCCGAGGUUGCAGGGAAGGCAAAAAAAGAAUGUAGGUAACGAACAAUACACUUUGAAACAAACAAAUCUCAUUAGGCUUAAGUUCCUUGGAGUGUUUACUGAGUUUGUAACAUUUGCGAAACGGAAGAUCAUUGGGUGUUUUGUUUCAAUUUGUUUUACAAUUGUAUAAGUUAACUUUAUUUUGUACAUAAAUUUUAGCAACUGUUUUAAAAGAAACUAAUAAAAACUGAAGAAAUGUAUCAUUUUAAAAA